AUGUCGCUCGGCCACCACCACACCUGGCUACCACCAGGACAUCUCCGGCCUCCCGACGAUCCCAAUGAUCUGCGAUCUGUCAAUGGCUACGCGAAAUCUUUGUCCGGUUUCAAAACGCCGCAGAUGCGCGCUUCUGCCGGCGCCGACGGCGCUCACGCGGGUAAUUUGAUAUCGGAGUCUGACAUGGCAGCCGAGGAGGACUCCCGCAUUGCCGUCUUUCGGGACCUCUACAAGCGCAGUGAGGCGAAAAUAAAUGCCCUAUUCGCGAAAAAACAUGACGCGGAAAAAGAGGUCGCCGGCGCGGCUGCUGUCGCGGAGACGGAGCAACCCGACUCUCAGGACCACCGUGCCGCCGAGCCGGCGUCGCUCCCCGCUGCCCCCAAGAAACCGGCAAGGAAGCUGGACGACGAUGAUUAUGACGAAUACGACGACGAUGACGAGGAGGACGAGGAUGCGGAGGCGCCCACUCCGCCCAAGUCCAAGUCGUCCCUGCCGUCCCAAGAUCUCCCGUCGCCGAAACACCGUCCGAGUAUAGCAUCGGUGGGUGCCGAUAGCCUGAAGGAAGUCAAGAAGGAGACAAUUGAGGAAAUCCGAAAGAAACUGGAGGAGGACAAGAAAGCUACGGAAGAAGCCGCACGGCGCAGCUUUCACACCAUGUUCUAUACUCUAGAAAAUGAUAGGGAUGCUAUGCUGGAUCAGCAGCGCUUGGAGGAGUCCGAGAGGCAAGUCGAAGCUGAGAUGUCCGGCCAGGCCAACGCCGCUAGCAACACCGCGAAUGCGAAUGCGAAUGGCUAUGGCUCCUUGAGCAAUGCCAACCUAGGCGCAUCGAGUCUGACCCUGAAGAAUUUGAUCGCGAGAAUCGACAUGAAGCGGAACAUGGUGCAAGCCUCAGAUGCCGAGCUCCGAAGCUUAAUGAGCGAAGUUCGCAAGAAUCGGAGCAAGUGGGCUAGCGAGGACAAGAUUGGCCAGGAGGAGCUCUACGAAGCUGCGGAGAAGGUUCUGAGCGAGCUCAAAGCCAUGACUGAACAUUCGUCUGCUUUCCUGACCCGCGUCAAUAAGCGAGACGCACCGGACUAUUAUACUAUCAUCAAACAUCCCAUGGAUUUGGGGACAAUGACGAAGAAACUCAAAGCGCUCCAGUACAAGUCGAAACAGGAGUUUGUCGAUGAUAUCAACCUGAUUUGGUCCAACUGUUUCAAGUACAACACAAACCCAGAACACUUCUUGCGCAAGCAUGCCAUGUACAUGAAGAAGGAGACUGAGAAACUGGUCCCUCUCAUUCCUGAGAUCGUCAUCAGAGAUCGCGCCGAAGUCGAGGCGGAGGAGCGCAGAAUGCAACUCGCUGAACUUGACGGUGCGGAGGAGAGUGAUGACGAGCCCAUCAUGUCGUCGAGAGGCAGAAAAGCGCCGGGGAAAUCUGCUGCCAAAAAGGGUGCCGCUCCGGCUCGAAACACACCCAGCGGAUCGGAACCUCCUGCUUCUCAACCCCCUGCGCCUGUACGGUCUGACUCGGAUGUGGCAAUGGAUGGAGUUCCAAAUGGGCUCGGAACGUCACCCCCAAGAACACAAACUCCUUCGGAUCCAGCCGGUGCCACGGCGGGUGUACCUGCAAGCCACGCCGACUCCAUGGAGAUGGAUACCUUGCCGACGCCGAGCUAUGCACUGAGCGCUUUGAGUAUACAGGGUGUGGAACUGGAAGACCCUGAAUACAAAGUAUGGAAGCAAGUCACGAAGAAAGACCGAGCGGUCAUUGCUGCAGAGCGACAUCGGCUUUUCAAAGGCGACAAGCUGAAUUCCGAGGAGCCUGCCUUGCUAAGGACCAAAGCAGGGAUGAGACGGUGGCUGAGAAAUCAGAAAAAGAGCCAAGCAGAAGGCGAUCAGGCCCGGGAUGCGAAUUCACAGGCUAUGGAGUCUGAUGCUGCUGGUGAGACCCUGGCAGAGGGUAUCGAGGGUGACGAGGAGAAGGUCAUUCCCGAUUACUACGAUGUCAUGUCCGGCGUGCCCGAUCUUCCUGAACAGUUGCUGUGGAGGGAAGAUGCUGAUGGCAAUGUCGUCGAUGCCUCAGAGGAAUUCUUGAGGAUUCUACCCAAAGCCCUUUUUGUGCAACCGGAGAGUAAACUCUCGAAAAAGAUGGACGCGAACAUGCGGCAGAUGCAAGAAACCAGGAAAAUCUGCUCUAAGAUUGGAAUUGUCAAGCAGAUGCAACUCCAAUCUCAGAUGUAUCAAAAUCAAUUUCAGAAAUACAACCCGGAGCCUUUUGUCGAGCAAGAUGUCGGUCCGCAUGUCAUGAAUGACGAAGGACCUGUGGUUGCACCCUGGGUCUGCAAGGCGGCUCUUCAGCGCUCAGUUGCCAAGAUCUUCUACCAUACCGGAUUUGAGGAGUAUCAGCCAUCCGCAUUGGAUGCGGUGACGGAUAUCGCUUCGGACUUUUUCCUGAAGAUCGGCGAAACCAUGAAAUCCUACAUGGAAGCUCCCAAGAUCCCCCCUAAGGAGACCCCGGAAGUAUCGUCCUCAAACUCGCAGUGGAAGCGAGCGUAUACCGAGCCUGAGAUCGUCCUGCACACCCUAUCCUCGGUUGGAACUGACGUGGAAUCCCUUGAGACUUAUAUCAAGGACGAUGUCGAACGACUUGGAACGAAACUGGCGACUGCUCAUGACCGUCUGCGGUCCUUGCUGUCUGAGCUUCUGAGACCGGCCCUCGCGGACGGUGGUGAAGAUGGCUCUAAAGCAUUCCAGGAUGGAAGCGAACAGUUCAUCGGCGGUGACUUUGCCGAGGAUAUCGACGAAGACUUCUUUGGUUUCAAGGAGCUGGGACUGGACCGCGAGUUUGGCCUGGCAACUCUCAGUGUUCCACUUCAUCUCCUUCAGAACAGGAUGUACAAUGCCGCUCAGGCUCAGAAUCCAAGUGCUGCACAAGCCGUCACCCUUUUCCCACCUCCCCCUCCCUAUUCGCGCAUCACGACAGAGACAGUGUCAUUGCAGAUCGGGCUGGUGCAAGAAUUCUUCCGCGUCAAGCUACAAGCCAGCAACAAUGAGCCUCUGGUCGAAGACCUCGAGCUGCCGCCCAAGCAGAGGCCAAUGGCCGCGCGACCUCGUCUUCCUGCCUCCGGCAAGAUCCCUCCGCCUUCUGGUCCCCAGGGUCUUACUUCCAGUCCGCAGAAACGACCACUCCCGCCAUCAGCCUCUAGCCAGGCGCCCGUGUCCAAGCCGUCCUUCUCCGAACCUAGCAAGAAAAAGCUCAAGAAGAACAGCGGCGUAGCCGGCAUCCCUGGAGCCACCGGCGACGGCGACGAAGCCCCAGCUCUAGACGGCGCGCAGCCCUCGAACGCAGCUGUCCCAAGCUCAAAAGCCGGCGAUGCCACCGCGGACGAGCAGUCCGGAGUGUCAACCGCCGAAGUAGGCAGCAGUACCAAGAACGGGCUGGACAGCUCUGCUGUGUCCGACGUUGUCGGCGGCAACAACAGUUCUACCAACCCCGCGGACGCCGAGCAAAGCAAGAGCAGCGGGAACGCCGCGGCCUUGACGAAUGGGACGACAGGCGAUGCGUCAUGA